AAUAUGGCAGAGCUUCCCGAGACAGAAGGACCAGUGGAUUGGAAAGAGCGAUGCGUAGCCCUGGAGUCCCAACUCAUGAAAUUUAGAGUUCAAGCAAGCAAGAUAAGAGAGCUCCUAGCAGAGAAGGUACAAGUUAUGGAAGAGAAAUUAAAAGCAGCUAAUGUUCAAACCAGUGAAUCAGAGACAAGGUUAUAUAAAAAGUGUCAAGAUCUGGAGACCCUGAUACAGGAAAAAGAUGAUAUCAUACAAAACUUGGAACUGCAACUUGAAGAGCAGAAACAAAUAAGGAUACAAGAAGCUAAAAUUAUAGAAGAGAAAGCAGCUAAGAUCAAAGAAUGGGUAACACUUAAGUUAAAUGAGCUGGAAUUGGAGAAUCAGAAUCUUCGUUUGAUCAACCAAAACCAAACCGAAGAGAUAAGAACAAUACAGUCAAAACUACAAGAAGUUCAAGGGAAGAAGUCAUCCAGUGUUUCCACACCAAAGCUUUCGGAAGGCCAGCGCCUAAGCAGUUUGACCUUCGGGUGCUUUUCAUCCCGAGCGAGGAGUCCUCCUCAAGUAGUAAAAUCGGAGGAAAUGAGCAAGAUACCAUCUAAAGAACCUGAGUUCACUGAAGGAAAAGACAUAGAAGAAAUGGAAAUUCCAGAAAAGUCUGUCGAUAACCACAUUCAAGAAAACAGCCGAGGUCAGAGAACUUUGCGUCAAACCUCCUGUGGCUCAGAGCAGAACCGGAAAUCAAGAACAAGUCUCGCGACAGAGGGUGGCAUCUCCCAGAAUUCUGGGGCUCCCGGGAGUGACUGGAGUUCCGAUGAGGAAGACGGGAGCAAAGGAAGAUCCAAGUCCAGGUACACGUCCACCCUGUCCAGCCACACGUCAGAGGAAGGGGUCCGGUGCAGCAGGAUGGGCAGUGAACCCUAUCUGACAGCGUCCGAUGACAGCAGUUCUAUAUUUGAAGAAGAGACGUUCGGCAUAAAGAGACCAGAGCACAAGAAGCUGUAUUCUUGGCAGCAGGAAGCACAGUGGAAAGCUCAGAAUAGUCUUCUUGGAAAGGGAAAUCCCGAGUCGAGUAAAAAGGAGCACGAUAGUUCCUCCGAUGAACUGAAUAAAAAAUUUCAGUCUCAGAGGCUGGAUUAUUCAUCGUCAUCGAGCGAGGCCAACACCCCAAGCCCGAUUUUGACCCCAGCGUUGACUCCAAAGCAUCCUAACCUACUGCCUGGAAAAGGAACCCAAUUAGUGCCUUCAUCCAACCUGCCACCCCCCAAGUUAAGGAUUCCUAAUGUUUUCAGUAUAAGUGUAGCACUGGCCAAAAGGCACCUAAGCCAGCCUCAGUUAAGUUCCGAUAGGAUGUUUGGUACGAACAGAAAUGCCAUAAGCAUGAUCCGGCCACUGAGACCCCAGGAAACAGAUCUGGAUCUGGUGGAUGGCGACAGUACAGAAGUUUUGGAGAAUAUGGACACCAGUUGUGACGACGGAUUGUUCUCCUAUGACUCCCUGGAAUCCCCGUGUUCAGAUGACCAGGAAAGCUGUGACUCGGCAAAGAAGGCGGCGUGCAGCAAACCUCCGACUCCUCCCCUGCACCGUUUUCCCUCCUGGGAAAGCAGAAUUUAUGCUGUGGCCAAAUCAGGCAUUCGAAUGUCUGAGGCUUUCAAUAUGGAGAAUGUUAAUAAAAAUUCUGUUGCAAUGCUUUCCUAUACCACAUCGGGACUUUAUACAUCUCUGAUAUACAAGAAUAUGACAACUCCAGUGUAUACAACAUUGAAGGGGAAGGCGACCCAGAUAAGCAGCAGCCCGUUCCUGGACGAGUCCUCUGGAUCAGAGGAAGAAGAGAGUUCCAGAUGCAGCUCCCGGACGUCAGAGUCCGACUCGCGCAGCCGGAGUGGGCCAGGCAGCCCCAGAGCCAUGAAGCGAGGUGUGUCUCUGUCUUCUGUGGCUUCUGAAAGUGACUAUGCUAUCCCCCCAGAUGCUUACUCCACAGACACCGAGUGCUCGCAGCCGAGAGAAUCAUUGAUUGGCUGCUUCCUACAUGCAGGGUAGACUUCCUCCUAUGGGUCGGGCCCUCAACCCGGCCUGUGCCCUGACCAGGAAUCAAACCUCGACCUCCUGGUUCCUAGGUCAGUGCCCAGCCAGCUGAGUAAUCACUUUGCUCUUGGUUUUCUUCCUUUCAUACAGAGCGAUGUAAUUAGAAAACCCCACGGCCAUAUUGAACUUAGUGCAUCCUGCAGUAUUUUAAGAGGAGACAACAGACAAACAGUCCAGUUGACCACUGAAAAGCACACAUACUAUCUGACUGCAGAUUCUCCCAAUAUAUUGGAGGAAUGGAUUAAGGUGUUACAGAAUGUUCUUCGAGUACAAGCUGCCAACCCACUUUCCCUGCAGCCUGAGGGCAAACCAACGGUGAAGGGCCUGCUCACGAAGGUGAAGCAUGGCUACUCCAAGAGAGUCUGGUGUACACUAGUAGGAAAAACGUUAUAUUAUUUUCGCAGUCAAGAAGAUAAGUUGCCUUUAGGUCAGAUCAAACUCUGGGAGGCUAAAGUUGAAGAGGUUGACAGAUCCUGUGAUUCCGAUGAAGAUUAUGAAGCCAGUGGGCGCAGUCUGUUGUCCACACAUUACACCAUCGUGAUCCACCCCAAAGACCAAGGUCCCACUUACCUCCUGAUUGGGUCCAAGCAUGAAAAGGACACUUGGCUUUAUCACCUGACCGUUGCAGCUGGAAGUAACACUGUAAAUGUUGGAUCUGAAUUUGAACAACUCGUUUGUAAAUUGCUAAAUAUCGAAGGGGAACCUUCCUCUCAGAUAUGGAGACAUCCUACUUUGUGUCACAGCAAGGAAGGGAUUGUUUCCCCUCUGACAACCCUGCCUUCUGAAGCUCUACAGACAGAGGCUAUUAAACUAUUUAAGACCUGCCAGCUUUUUAUCAAUGCCGCAGUUGACUCCCCUGCAAUUGAUUACCACGUAUCGCUAGCCCAGAGUGCUUUGCAGAUCUGCCUGACACAUCCUGAGCUACAGAAUGAAAUUUGCUGUCAGCUCAUUAAACAGACAAGACGGAGACAGCCACAGAGCCAACCAGGACCAUUGCAGGCCUGGCAGCUCUUGGCGCUCUGUGUUGGGCUCUUCCUUCCCCAUCAUCCUUUCCUGUGGCUUCUCAGGCUCCACCUUAAGAGGAAUGCAGAUUCCAGGACAGAAUUUGGAAAAUAUGCCAUUUAUUGCCAGCGAUGUGUAGAAAGAACACAACAAAAUGGAGAUCGGGAAGCCAGACCCUCAAGAAUGGAAAUCCUUUCGACCCUUCUUCGAAAUCCUUAUCAUCACUCUUUGCCCUUCAGCAUCCCUGUGCACUUCAUGAAUGGCAUCUAUCAGGUCGUUGGAUUUGAUGCAUCCACCACAGUGGAAGAAUUUCUGAACACCUUGAACCAGGAUACGGGAAUGAGGAAGCCAGCCCAGUCUGGAUUUGCCUUGUUCACCGAUGAUCCUUCUGGCAGGGAUUUAGAGCAUUGUCUUCAAGGAAACAUCAAGAUUUGUGACAUUAUUUCUAAGUGGGAACAGGCUUCCAAAGAACAGCAGCCUGGGAAAUGGGAAGGUACGAGAACUGUUCGUCUAACUUAUAAAAACAGACUGUAUUUCUCCAUGCAAGCUCGUGGGGAGACUGAUAGAGAGAAGUUGCUGUUAAUGUAUCAGACAAACGACCAAAUAAUAAACGGACUUUUCCCUCUGAACAAGGACCUGGCGUUGGAAAUGGCGGCUCUGUUAGCUCAGGUAGAGAUUGGAGAUUUUGAAAGACCUUUUUCAACCCCAGCAGGCCAUGUUACUAAUCAGUGCAAAGCAAACCAAACUCUAAAACAAGUCAUAGAGAAAUUUUACCCUAAAAGGUAUAGAGAUGACUCCUCUGAAGAGCAGGUAAGGCAGCUUUGCCAGCGACUAUCAACCAGAUGGAUGGCCCUCCGGGGACACAGUGCUGCUGAUUGUGUGCGAAUCUAUUUGACAGUAGCCAGGAAGUGGCCAUUCUUUGGUGCCAAGUUGUUUCUUGCAAAACCCAUAACUCCAUCAUCACUUGGAAAUACUUUCCUGUGGCUGGCUAUACAUGAGGAUGGUUUAAGCAUCUUAGAAUACAGCUCCAUGAGGUUAAUAGUCAGCUAUGUGUACAAGAGUCUAAUGACAUUUGGAGGAUAUCAAGAUGAUUUUAUGAUGGUCAUUAGCAAUACACAUUCAAAGGACAAACCAACAGAGAAAUUACUUUUUGCCAUGGCAAAACCCAAGAUUCUUGAAAUCACGCUUUUGAUCGCCAGUUACAUAAACAACUUCCAUCAGCAAAAGGCUGCGUUUCACCACCUCUCUGCUCCAGCGCUGCUCUCAGCCCGGAACCAGGGACCCCACGCCAGGACGAUGGGAAGCCAGCCUCUGCUCUCAAGCAGCAGACCAACCAAAGGCCCCACUUUACUCUGAAAGUGUGGGAGGCCUGAACAUCACUCCCUGUCCUCUAAGCAGUGACUGCAUCUGCUCCAAAUAAGUUUAUUUACAUCCUGGCAACAUGGCACCCACAUACUUGUAUUCCAAAUUUUAAAAAUAAUGAAGGUUAUUUGUUUUCUUUUAUUCAUAAAUAUUCAAAUGGAUACUAAUAACACAUAACACAAAAUUUGCACACAUACUGAUGUUCUCCUGGAUUAAAUGGGUUAGAAUUUGUAAUUUUUUUCUGUCUCCCUUCUCCCUUGCUAUCAGACACAUCAUGUAAUAUGGUUUUUUUUAAUUUUUUCUUCUUCUUCUUUUAAAAGAACAUUCUGGCAAUCUUUAGAAAGGGAGAUUCCAAACUCUCAUUUGGCAAACAAGUUGAAUAUUUGGAAAUACUGCCAAAAAGCUAAGUACUGUAAUUAAAUGUAUUUUAAUUAAUGUGUUUGGAAAGAAGGGGUGUGCACAGUGUAAGAAACAGCUGCAGGAUGGUGUUUAUGUAUAAAUUUUUAGAGCAAGUUCAGUAAAUCUUCUGGCCCGAUGAAUCAUUGUGUGAGAAAACAGGAGUUAGGUAACCAGAACUUCCUAUGUAAUAUUAGGAAGCAUACACCGUCAGCUUUCAGAUCACUAGAGUGUAAAAUUUAAAACGAGACAGUGAUUCCUGACAUUCCUUGGUUGUCAACAGAGCCUGCGUUUACUGGAAUAUUGCCCACAUUUCAUUGCAUUUGAUGCUGGGCCAUCUUGACCUUGGUUUGUUAAAUAAUAUCGUUGAAAACAAAGACAGUUCUUAAAUUUUUGCCUCAUAUAGUCCUUUUUCAUGGUAGUUUGAAAAUAAAUUCCCCAAAAAUCCUAUAUAAUAAAAGUCUAAUAUGCAAAUCAAACAGUGGAACAACC